AUGCCAUCCAUGGUGGCUAUGCCGCCCGAGCUGACGAAUGUGCCCCAGGACGCGUUGCAGGGCUUCCUUUUGAACUGGUCGCGGGCGCUGCUCGGAGAGCUGUCCAUCAGCCCCGCCGCUGUGCCCGAUGGCCGCCUGGCCGCCGCCGUGCUGUCCGUAUGCAGCCGCACGGCCCCGGUCGACGCGGCGACCGCCGCCGCCGCCGCGGCGGUCGCGGCGGCGCAGCAGCAGCAGCAGCAGCAGCAGCAGCAGCAGCAGCAGCUGGCGCAGGCCGGGGCGAUGACGCCGCAGCAGCUGCCGCCGCAGCCCAUGUCGCUGUCGGUGCCCGCGUCGCCGGCGCCGCAUCAGCUGGCGGGUGCAGCGUCGCCGUUGCCGAGCGGCGCAAUAGACAUCGACUUGGAGUGGCGCCACGCCUGCCAGAACUGGGGCUGCCUGCUGGACGACUGCCAGCUCUGCAGGAACAACGCACUGAAGGUGUGCGAGGACGCGUCAGUGUUUGACGGACAGUACUGGGUGCGCGAUGACGGCAAGGGGGGCCAGGUGGUGCGCGCCAAGUGCGGCGCCGACGUGUACGUGCAGGCACCCACGGCGGAGGCCGCCGCGUCACCGCGGUCCCUGAGCGCUGCGGCUGCCGCCGCAGCCUCGCCUGCGGCCUUGGCGGUCGACCGCUCCUCAGGCAUGCCCGCCUACCUUCCAGACGUCAAGAUUAAGCUCUACGUCAUCAGCGGCGCCGCCGACGCGCUGCCGUCGCCGGACGAGCCGCUCGACGCGCUGUGGGCGGACGAUGACGGGCACCCCCUGUUCAGCGCGGCGGGGGGUGAGCCCGAGGCGGACGGCAGCGUGGUGCUGGAGACGAGUCAGGUGGGCUGGGGGGCUGGGGAGCAGGGGCAGCUGCUGCCCAUGGAGAAAAGAGAAGGGAGAGGGAGGGGCUGGGUGGAUAGGGGUGUGUGGGGGGGCAGCGUGGUGCUGUAG